CUUAUCCAUACCUGCUGCAGGGUGCAGGGCUACUCUCUUCCCCCUGCAUGUUCUGAUGAGCCUGGGGGUAUGAACCAGACUGCCAACACUGUAGCAGUCAAGCACAUUGAAACCCCUCAACCUCCUCGUCUUCAGGAUAGCCUCAACCCCCGUGCUGGAAGCCAUGUCUUGCACACAGAGAAUAACUUUGAACAGGAGAUAUUUUCUGGAAUAGCCAAACAGGUACAUCAGCGAGAUCCACGGAACCACGAUCGCAUCAUCAUGGACAACAAUUCAGAGUACCAAAAGAACCUUCAAGACUUUUUCCCCUGUGGUCCAGAUAAGUGGACAAAGGCUUCAGCAGAAACCAUGCACAAUGAGACACAAGGAAUGCGACGGGUGGAGAAAGGUACUCGGCGGUGGGUGGACCUGCCAACCACUGCUGACUAUGCCACAGAGUUGGGUUUGAGACCUCCUGACUACAGCGGGAAGGACACAGAGGUGCCCAGACAGCAACCCCACUACAACCCAAUGGCCGAGCUCUCCUCCUUACGUUACGCAGUGGAGGGAUGGAGGAGUGCCUGGAAGAUCAAGAUCACCUGGCAGAGUGUGACUAUUGAAGGGUUGAAGAGGGCCCUUAAAGACCUGCACUACCACGUUCGCCUGUCAGCCAUAGCCACUUGUGCAUCAGGGGCAGUGAACAGACCGAGGGAAAAGCAACAUCCCACAGAUGCAGGUCAGUAUGGCCGUGUGUGGGACAUCCAGCCAGUUCCUCAGGAGCUCCAGCCUCUUCUUCUCCUAGCUCUGGACGACCCUGUGAAGAGAGUUCAGAUGGCAGCAGCAGUGUGCCAGUACGCCAUGGGGACACCAGACUCCCGAGCCCGCGUAAUCCUCUGCAAUGCACUACAUCAAGACUCUGCAGGUGUAGGUGCAGACAGCUGGGUGGCAGCACAGUGCCUGGCCGUGGAGGGGGAUUACAGUCGGCCAGUCAUUCAGAGACUUCUCUCCCAGCACUUCGUCAGUGAGGUUCACACAGAUAAUAAACAGUCAGCCGCUCUACUUGCCAGCAUCAGUAGCAAGACAACUCUAGUUCGCUCUCUGCUGGCUGAGGAGUUGAAUUGUGCCAACUGGAGGACCAGACUCUUGGCUUGCAACACUAUCUCCCAAUUGAAAGGACCAAUUAAUAAGGACCUUGCAAACAAGUUGAUCUACCUGAUGUGGAAUGACUGGAGUGUUAACGUGAAGCAGGCUGCAGCCCAGGCCCUGGGGAAACUAGGAAUGGGAAGAGAUGUGCACAACGAGCUGAGAAUGAAGCUUGAGGAAGGUCCCGCCUCCUGGAGGGUGGAGGCUCUCAUCCUCAUAGCUCAUCUACAGAUCAUGACCGCCAAGCUGCUGCCACCCUUUCUGAAAUGUUUCAAUGACAACUUUGUGGCCGUGAGGAAACAGGCCUGUCUGACUGCUGCAGCUCUAAUGAUGCAGUACAGCAUGGUCUUGAAUCAGCUGAUUCAGCUAACACAGAAUGACCCAGCAUGGGAGGUUAAAGUUGUGGCAAUCAGUGCUUUAGGGAAGAUAGGUUGCCUCACGCCGACCCUCCAGGACCACCUCCUCUGGGCUUUACAUCAUGAGGAGAAACCCCAGGUACGCAUCGCCGCCUGCCAGGCCCUAAAGAUCCUUAAAGUGAAGGGACCAGAGCUGCAGAACCUCCUACAGGAGCGGUUUGUACUGGAACCCCACCCCCAGGUCCAUAGGCAUAUACAGGGGCUCCUCAAAAACUAUGGCUACAGUAUUGAUGGAGACAGGGGCAUGGUCCACAAAAUCAAAGAUCAGGUUCAGAGGCUAUGCACCAAGAGCAUCAUCACAGACAAAGUGCUGUUGAUGGAGAAGCUGGAGAACAUGUACCAGCAACAGAGGAAGUAUCUGGUAAAUGAGAGCCGGCCGGACACUACACCAAUAUCACAGCUGCUGCAGGAACGCUACAACAGAAUUAAACAUUGCCCUUCCACAGUAAGGCCGACUCACUCCUCAGAUUCCUCUGUGACUCAGUCCUCCUCUGAAUGCACGCUUGAAUCAAGCCCUGUCAACAAAUCCUCUUCAUCUGCUUAUCAAGAUCAUCAACACUCCAUCGUGUGACAGUGGAGAAA